AUGCGUAUUUUUGUGAACGACGACCGCCACGUGAUGGCCAAGCACUCGGCCGUCUACCCGACGCAGGAGGAGCUGGAGGCCGUGCAGAACAUGGUGUCCCACACGGAGCGGGCGCUCAAAGCCGUCUCCGACUGGAUCGACGAGCAGGAGAAGGUCGGGGGGGAGCAGCCCGAGGCGGAGUCCAUGGAGACGGCGGCCGACGAGGAGAGCAAGGAGGGAGGGGACCAGAAGGCCACGGAGCAGCUGACGAGGACCCUGCGGGGCGUGAUGCGCGUGGGGCUGGUGGCCAAAGGCCUCUUGCUGAAGGGGGACUUGGAUCUGGAGCUCGUGCUUCUGUGCAAAGACAAACCCACCACAGACCUCCUGGAGAAAGUCGCCGACAACCUGGGCGUCCAGCUUGCUGCUAUCACCGAAGACAAAUACGAAAUAAUCCAGUCGGUGGGUGACGCCGCCAUUGUCAUUAAGAACACGAAAGAGCCGCCGUUGACGCUGACCAUCCACUUGACGUCGCCCGUAGUCAGAGAAGAACUGGAAAAACAGUUAGCUGGAG